AUGAACGCAUUCGUGUACAGGCGUGUGGGAAUAUCCAUUGCGUCCUUAGUUCAACGUCGAUUGUUGUCGAAUGCCGCACCUGAUGCAAGUUCCGUACAAUUGAGCAAUACCUGCAUUAGUCGCUUGAAGGAGAUUUGCAAAACCAACUCUUUUCUUCGAGUGACAGUCGAGGGAGGUGGAUGUUCCGGAUUUCAGUACAAAUUUUCUGUCGAAAAACAACUCAGUGGCGAUGAUCUUAUCGUGAGUCGCGAUGGUGUGCAGGUGGCCAUCGAUAGUGCAUCGAUCGAGUAUCUAAGUGGCGCCACCAUUGACUAUCACACGGAACUGAUACGUUCCGGAUUUCGUGUUAUAAACAAUCCAAAGGCAGAUCAAGGCUGUUCCUGCGGUGCCUCAUUUACUGUGAAACUGGACUAA